AUCGUACGUCAUUGGACGGUCCACCAUGUCUCCAUAACACCGGUGUUUACAACACUAACAACAGAACGAGUCGGGUGAGAUACCUAUGUCUACCUGUGUAUACAGAGAUCACCAUUGGAACUGUGUCUUAAAGAGGAUUGUUAACUAUAUUGGACUAUCUGUGUGUGCAUAUUGACAUUUGGAGUUUUUCUGCCAUAACGACUUCCCGUGUAAAAAGAAUUAAUCUGCUAAGAAAACAUAUUUUAGGUCAUCCCCACAAGUCUACAUCAGCAUGGCGCAUCCUCUACAAGCAGAGAACAAUCGGACAAGACCACCUUAACCAUGACGUCAUAGUUCAUCCUACCUAUGGCUGAGAAGGUGUACAUCAACCAAGAACAAACAGGACAAGUUUAACCUAUCACCCGAACCAAGAGCUGUACCUACAAGUAACUCCAAAAUAAAAAAAAACAGAAGGAUGGCUGAAAAAACUAGUACGUCCCAAGCUGAUGAUGAUCAGCAGUACAAAAUCAGAAAAUUAUAUUCUGAAAUGGUGCUACAACUGAGUGAGACGAUUAGCCCAGAUAAGAAAUUGACCAGCUGGCUGAAACUUUUGACAGCACUAGACCCAUUGUUACCUGAUGAACUCAAUGGUGACGACAUUAAAUAUUUUGGACAAAUACUUGAUAAGCUGAGGGCAAAAGGAAAAAUUGAUCGUAUGAGUGGUUCCUUUGAGGAACUCUAUGACGCACUCCUUAAAGUUGACGUUGAAGCAGCCAAGGUUGUAAAGGAGACUUCAAUCAAGAUAAAAGCACUCCUGUCUGAAGGACCACCGGCAGCAAAGAAACCUAGAACCGAAAGAGAUGGAAACCAGAAUAGAGCAAAAGAAAUGGCUAUUUCGACGCAUAAGCUAAUAUAUGAGACACAAGAAGAAUCUAUAGCAGCAUUCAUAGACUGUAACGUGGAUCCUGUACCAAACAGUAUUGAAUGGAAAAGAGACAAAAGACCACCACCAGAGAAAAGAGUUGUUAUUGACAAUCAUAAAUACUUUUCUGGUGUGGAAGCGCCUACACUUGUGAUAAAAAAACCAAACAUACCAGUGGAUGAAGGUCACUACCAAUGCACGGCAGAAGCCAAUGGAAAAUCAGUGGAUGGCGAUGUUGUACAACUUCAAGUGUUUGCUGUCGAACCAGGAGUGAGCAGAGCAAACACCAUCAUACCAAGCCAUUCGUCCAUGACAGAGCAUGAACUGAACCAGCCAACACCAGCCAUGCAUGCUUCUGUCGACCAAGGUAGCCAGAUGUCGUUUAAAAUACCAGAAGACAUUGAUUUAAACAGACAAAAGUCAAAAGAAGAUGUUUCUGAUGAAUUUGAAAGAGUUACUCAUGCCAAAAAACGAGCGAAGACAGGAGAAUUUGGAAAAGGAAGCGUAAUAAUAUGUAUAGAUAUAUCGCCUGCCAGUAAUUCAUCAGAACCAUCUUCGUUACAUCUGGCUGAAGAGUUCAAACAUUAUCUGUUAGAUGGUGGAACUAUUCAAUUAACUGACGAAUCACAAACAGUGUUACAUGUAGACAAAGAAGCUAGUUUCAAGAUAACACCACAAGCUGCUGCUAAAGAUGGUUUUCCGUAUGUGAACAUCAGCCAUGGUGAGUUCACUGUUCCCAUCGAGAAAACAGCCAUCAUCCAAACCUACGUCAUAGCAUCACCAGAGGCUACUUCAAUUCAGUGGUAUAAAGUAGAAAAUGAUAACCACAUUCCAAUAGAAAUAGACAAUGAAAGAUACUUUGCAGGUUCUAUUAUAUCCCCCACAUUGAUUAUCCGUGAGACAAACACUGAUGAUCAAGGAUGGUACCAGUGCUCAGCUACCAAUAGUAAAGGAACUGGUUGGAGCAACAUGUCGGUUCUGUCUGUACAACCUGGCACUGUUGUUGCUGCGAGUGAAGACGUUGCUGCUGUGAAGGAAGAUGUUGAUGCUGUGAAGGAGGAUGUCAGCGCCAUGAAACAAUCUUCAUCCACAAAUGGAGGAAGGAAUCCUAAGUUGAGAGUUGUGAUAGAAACAACAAGAUUAACAACCGUUGAUCAAACCUCAAAACCAGAGGUGAUCUCUACACAAGCCUUGGAAGACGCUAAAGAAAUGAUCAGAAAGAACAGCAUUGUCCUCAUCAAGGGUGCCUCAGGGGAUGGGAAGACUUUGAUGGGUUACCAACUGUUGAAGUGGCUUAUGGACGGCGAUAAUAAGGAUGCUGGACUCUCAAAGGAUCCUGUCCAGCUUUACAGCAUGGCCAAAUGGGAUAAAAUUGUUGAACCAAACACACAAUUAGCUGUAUAUAUUGAUGAUGUUAGUGGGGAAAUCGCUGAAGAAUUGAAGAAAAGGGAAGUCUCCAUUAAGUCGAGAUUUUGUGGGAAACUCAAUAAUAGAUCAAACUGUUUGAUACUAAAUGUUCGAGAUGAAAUUUUCAAAAGCACACAAUUACUUUCAUGUGAAUUCUUCGAACAAAAUAUCAUUGAUUUGAGAGGUAAAAACUGCAUAAAAAUCGCAGAAAAAAAACUUAUUUUAGAAAGUUAUGUCCGAGAAAUUAAAACCUUUCCUAUUGGAAAGGAAUCUGAAAUAAUCAAACUUGACCCAGAUAUAGGAUUUCCACAGUGUUGUCGACUUUAUAGGGAUGUUCCCAGCUUACAAAAAGAGGGGGUUCAUUUCUUCAAACAACCAUUUCAUUUCAUGGAAACAACUUUGGAGAAAUUACCAAAGGAGCACUUUUCUGCUCUUCUGUUUCUCUUCCUCAAUGAGGGGAGAGUAAAGAAAGGUGAUUUAGAUCCUAAAAACAGUGAAAGUGUUGACAAGAAAAAGCUUGAUGAAGCUUUCCAGGGAAUUAAACUUGAUCAUGCAGACAAAAUCAGAUCUCUGCAGAAAAGUUUAAAUGUAAUGUUUGGAUCUCUGGUUGCAAAAAGAAAAUAUCCUUUUCACAAUUUUGAUGAUGAUGAUGAUGAUGAUGAUGAUGUAUUUUACCAAUUUUGUCAUGAUUCUGUUCAGGACACAGUUGCCCUUAUGUAUGGCAAAGACACAAAAAUUGGGUUUAUAGAAAAUUGUCCACGAAAGUACCUCCACUAUAUAUCAACAUCAAAAUCCACCGCUAACAAAAUAGUUAUAAAACCUAGUAGUGAACACAUGUAUAAACGUUUGGUCAGAGAGUGUGAAUCUUAUGUCGGACGUGAAAAGGACCAUAGAUUAUCUGACUAUAUAGUUAGAUUAGACAUAUGGACAGACAUGUUUUUUCUACAGGGAUUUAUUCGUUGGCUAAGUGGUCAGAAUGAUGAACAAAACUUAUGCCACUUGGUAAAAUGUGCGUUGUUCAAUGGAGCAUGCUCUACUGGUUCAGAACAUCAUGCCUUAUAUCUCCUUUCUGUGGGUAUCACACCUGACAAUGAGACGCCGUUUAGUGUAGUGAAGGGUGGGAGUGUACAACUACUGCGUCAACUGCUGAAGUAUGACGUCAUUCCUACAGCGAGGGCAGACAGGUCACGAUCAUCAUAUUAUACUGAGAAUAUCAAUGUCCUACACGAGGCGUGUCUGUUUAAGAGAGAAGAGAUGGUGACCAUGUUGUGUGACACUUACCCAGACUUGGUACACCAGACUGAUAACAGGAGACACAGCACGCUCCAUCUUAUGGCACUGACAGGAAACGUUGGUCUAUUUCAGACAGUGGAGAGAAUGGUACUUAAGUCCUUGUAUAGAGAUAAAGUACAACAUAAGUGUGAGACAGAAGAUGGUCAUGUGUACAUAGAGACAACAGGAGGUAAAUAUGACAUCACGACCAUACUUACUAAUGACGGUAAAUCUGUUUUAGACCUGGCAAAGGAACGGACAGAGUGGUGGGAGUUAGAUCACCCAUUAUAUGACCAUCUUGUCACAGUGUUUACUAAAUAA